AAUCAUUUGUUGAAAACUUGACAAUUAUAAAGGGAGAGUGUAAAUUAUCAAAUUGGUGUGUGAUUAUUCGGCCAUACCAUUUAAGAGAGAGAAAUAUAUUAGUUUGGUUCCAUUAAUAUCAUUUUGUGUAUAGAAAAUAUCUAUAAUAUUUUCUAAAUAUUAUUAGAAAUAUUUUCUAUAGAAAUAUACAAGAUUAUUAUUAUCCCAAUUUUAAUCUUUAUAUUUUAUACUACUAUAAUCUUUACUAGCAUAAAGAUUGUGGUAGACUCCGGCGUUGUUCGUGUGUCAAAGUUGGAGACCGGACGCUUGAACGGUUACGUUUGCACUUUCAACGCUCUUCCUACGACUUCUUCGUUUUUNUUUAAGAGAGAGAAAUAUAUUAGUUUGGUUCCAUUAAUAUCAUUUUGUGUAUAGAAAAUAUCUAUAAUAUUUUCUAAAUAUUAUUAGAAAUAUUUUCUAUAGAAAUAUACAAGAUUAUUAUUAUCCCAAUUUUAAUCUUUAUAUUUUAUACUACUAUAAUCUUUACUAGCAUAAAGAUUGUGGUAGACUCCGGCGUUGUUCGUGUGUCAAAGUUGGAGACAGGACGCUUGAACGGUUACGUUUGCACUUUCAACGCUCUUCCUACGACUUCUUCGUUUUUACCGCUUACGAAGAAAGGGGACUAAACAAAGAAACCCAGUAACAAACCUCAAAAGUUUGGUUCGGAUAACAAAAUCCAAAAUAGUUGUUGACGACUUGGGGGUCAACAACUCACCACACCCAAAGUCGCAAGACCAAAAACAAACCUCGAAUGAAUCGCCUGCUCUGUUUAAAACGUAAGCAUCAUCCUAACUUCUCUGUUCUCAUCGAAAAGUUUCCGUUAUUCACUCCCCCGCCCCGGGAUCUGCCGAUUCCUACAGAGCCAUUCGUAUUUCUCAUCUACAUUUCUUUGUUUUCUAAACGAGGAAUGUCUUCCAUCGCCGCCGCAGGAUCUGCCGUUUCCUUCACAGGCAUUAGAAUUUCCGGCAGAUCUUCACUCCCAGGCCGCCGCCAGAUAUUCAUUCCGUUGCGGCAACCUUCGUCGGCUCUUAAGCUGCAAUGUGGGUAUGCGAAAUGCGGAUCCGAGAGCUCGUUUCCUCGUCAUGAUGUAAAAGUUCAGGUUGCUGCAGUGGAACAAGCUGCUGCUGAAGUUAUACCGAAAGUAGAAGCUCCUGUAGUUGUUGUCACAGGAGCUUCUAGAGGGAUUGGAAGAGCUAUUUCAUUGGCCUUAGGGAAAGCGGGUUGUAAGGUUUUGGUUAAUUAUGCAAGGUCCUCAAAGGAAGCUGAAGAAGUUUGCAAAGAGAUCCAGGCAGGUGGGGCACAGGCUCUUGCUUUUGGUGGAGAUGUCUCCAAAGAGGCCGAUGUCGAAUCAAUGAUGAAAACUGCAGUUGAUGCAUGGGGAACUGUAGAUAUAUUGAUCAAUAAUGCAGGCAUUACUCGGGAUGGUUUGCUGAUGAGGAUGACUAAGUCUCAAUGGCAGGAAGUUAUUGAUUUGAAUCUCACUGGUGUGUUUCUCUGUACACAAGCAGCUGCCAAAAUAAUGAUGAAGAAGAAAAAGGGAAGAAUAAUCAAUAUAGCGUCGGUUGUAGGCCUUGUUGGCAAUCCUGGGCAAGCUAACUACAGUGCUGCAAAAGCAGGUGUAAUUGGACUUACUAAAACCGUGGCAAAGGAAUAUGCAAGCAGGAAGAUAACAGUAAAUGCCAUUGCUCCUGGGUUCAUUGCAUCUGACAUGACUUCUAAGCUAGGGAAAGACAUUGAGAAAAAGAUUUUGGACCAAAUCCCAUUGGCAAGGUAUGGGCAACCGGAAGAAGUUGCCGGACUAGUGGAAUUCCUUGCGCUUAGUCCUGCAGCAAGCUAUAUGACAGGACAGGUUUUGACAAUUGAUGGAGGUAUGGUGAUGUAAGAGGGGUUGCAGUGCUGUUGCACCCAUCAUUUGGUGCUGAUUUGGGCUCCUUAUGAAAUGUGGCAUGAUCUAGUUAAAUCUCAUGCUCCAUUUCCAUCAGUUCAUAUGAUGGAACAAUCAUUGUGUUAUACAUUGAAUUCGAAUUUUACAAACCCCAAAAGAGACCCCAUAACUUUCUUCGAUUCUCUCUACCUGCUACCAUCAUGUGUGGUGUUUUUUUGGGCUUUCCCAUUAAUUCUAAAGAGUGGGCUUUUUAUCACUCAAGUUAGGGUAGAAGUUCAAGCGUGGUGUUUUUUUUACUUCAUAAUAUGUGAUAAAAUUGAGUUUAUAGA